ACAGGUAAAUGACUCAUAAUGGGGAAUAAACACGGUUAAAUGACCAGCUUUCAUUUCCAGUCGGGAAUGUUUUAUUGUAAGAAAACACAGAGACAGCAAAAAAGGAGUUAAAUCUACUGACGUAAACAGCAUCCUUUAGCAGAAAGGCUCGUGCCGUUUGACCCAGACGCGUGUCUGAUGCUUUGAUUGAGGUGUGAUUCCAGCGUCCCGCAUCUUUCCGGGCUCGGCGCGGUCGCAGCCACACAUCGGUUCUGGAUGAGAGCAAAGCCGCCCUUCAGGCGGCAUUACAUCACCUCCCUUCCGGACUGGAACGAUACGGUUAAUUAUUCAGGCUACUCAGCGUGCUCGGAGACUAAAAGAACCGUUCUAAAAAAGGCCUUACACAAAAAUGUCCGGGUUUAACGGGAGCACGGGCUUUCGCUGACAGGAUAAAGAGAAGAAAAGGCGGCUCGCGUGACUGCCUCGCGCCCAUUGUGUCGAGGAUGUGAGGCAGCGCGAGAUGCCAUGGCAGCGGAUGCAGCAGCUAACGGGUCGGAGCCGCCUGGUCUCCCGGCACCAAAGGCGUUUCCCUACGAGGAGUACGAGUGCAAAAUCUGCUACAACUAUUUCGACCUCGACCGUCGCGCGCCCAAGAUCUUGGAAUGCCUGCACACGUUCUGCGAGGAGUGUCUGCACGCGCUGCAGCUGUGCGAGGAGCGGCCGUGGCGCAUCAGCUGCCCCGUGUGCCGCCACCGCACGCCCGUUCCGGACUAUCGGAUCCAGAACCUGCCCAACAACACCAAGGUCACAGAGGACUUCCCUCUGUACAUCGACUCGGACCCUGUGCCUCAAGAUGCUCUGCCGCCCCACCCGCCUCCGCUGCACCCAGCGCUCGUGGCGCUCAGGCGCGAGGAGGACGCAUCCGCGGCGUCCAUGGCGGGUCACGCGACACCGUCCACCACGACAGUGUCCACCGCGACCACACUCUCCCAGGACUCAGUCUCGCGUUAUGAGAGCUGUCGCAACUGCAGGCGGCUCGCGCUGACCACCGGAUGCGUGUGCGUCAUCUUCUCCUUGCUGUCCAUGCUCGUGCUGCUCUUCAUGGGCCUCAUAUUUGUGCACAGCCACGGCGGGCCGCCCUCGCCCGCGGGACCACUCUGUCUGUCGGUCGCGAGCAUCCUCGCCAUGGUGUCGGCGAUGGUAACGUGGCUCCUCUACUGGCUCAAAGACAGACCGGAGCACGAGACGGGCCGCUCCUCUGCCACCACUAAUGCGAGCCGGAGAAACGCGUGACAGAAGAUCUGCAUCGAAUUACAAGCUCUUUCAGCUUUUAUUCCUUAAUAGGCAACCAAAUAGUUUCUUUUUAAGUUAUUAUCAGUAUAUUUUAUAUACUAGUAGGCAGUUUAAUUACAGUAAAUCCCAAAAAAACUUAUCUUAGAAAUUGCUAGUAAAUUAAUUACGCAUUGAAUUAUGAAAUUUUGACGUAGAAAGACUGAAAUAGAAUUUUCUUGUAAAACACUCCAAUAUUUUUUGUUUUAUUUACAACUUUGAAAAAUCAUUUUUUACAGUAGGCUAUACUUACUAGUAACAUUUCUUAUCUCACUAGUUACAAUUGUUUAUAUUUGUGUAACGAUUAGUCAGAAUAGCUACAACACGGUCCUAUUAGUUGACAUUAGUUUACGCAUUAACAAACCAUGAGCAAUACAUUUUUAUAGUAUUUAUUAAUCUUUGUUAACAUUAGUUAAUAAAAAUGCAUCUGUUGUUAGUUCAUGCUAGCUUAGGUCCAUUAAAAAAUGGUAACACUUCACAAUAAGGUUCAUUUGUUAACAUCAGUUAAUGUAUUAACUAAUUUGAACUAACAAUGAACAAUACAUUUGUUAUGGUAUUUAUUCAUCUUUGUUAAUGUUAGUUAAUAAAAAUCCAGCUGUUCAUUGUUUGUUCAUGUUAGUUCACAGUGCAUUAACUAAUGUAAACAAAUACAACUUUUGAUUUUAAUAAUGUAUUAGUAAAUGUUAAAAUAAAUUCUGUAGAAGUAUUGUUCAUUCUUAGUUCAUUAACUAAAGUAGUUAACUAAUGAAACCUUAUUUUAAAUUGUUACCAAAAAUAUUAACAGAAACAACUUUUGAUUUUAAUAAUACGUUAGUAAAUGUAGAAAUGAACAUUAACUAAGAAUAAUAAAUGCUUUAGAUGUCUUUUUUCAUUCUUAGUUCAUGUUAACUAAUGUUAACAAAUGGAACCUUCCUUAAAAAUGUUACUAAUGUUACUAAAAAUUCACACUGGCGUCUAUUCAAUUAGUACUAGGAAAACUGGAAAAUAUAGUUACCACUUGAAUAGCAAACUUGAAUAGCUAAAGACGGACUGGUAUUUAUAGAAGUAUCUAAUGAGUCACUAUUGGAUCACUUGUAGUACGGGGCCGUCGUUUCCCUACGUGGAGUACGAGUGCUAGUAUUUCAGCCCAAAGUCUUGCCGUGCGAGGAGUGUCUGCACACGUGAGCAGCUGUGGCACAUCAGAUACCGCCCGUAUACCAAACUACUGGAUAUACAACCUGUCUGAUGGAGUCCACUAUGACCACACUGUCCCAGAACAGCUGAAACAACCAUAUACGUGUGCGUCACCCUUUCCUUCCUGUCCAUUCUUGUGCUGCUCUUCAUGGGCCUCAUAUUCGUGCACAUCCACCUGCAGAUCUUCUGCUAGGACACCUGUGUGAGCUUGAGAAGAACUGACUUCAUGCAUCCACUAAAAACCACCAAAUGAUUAAAUGUCAUUGCAAAAAUGGUUCUGUGAAAAACUGUGCAGCACUGAUGCAGUGACAUUCAGACUGUGGUUUUGGAGCCACAAUAUACAGUGGGGUUCAAAGGUCUGUGAAACACUAGUGAAAAUGCCUCUAUUUUGUAUUCGUUUAUAAUUUAAUCCAACAUUUCCAUUACUUAAGGGUAUAUUUAUGUAUUUGGCACUAUAUUUCGAUGGUCCACUUUAGACGUUCUACUAACUAUGAGCAACUUUGCAACUACAUGUCAACUAACUCUCAUUGGAGUAUUAAUAGACUGUCUGCUUAACAUCUGCUAACACUUUAUUUUGAUGCUCCCCAACAGACAUUCUACUGACUAUGAGUAACUUUGCAACUACGUCAACUUAUUCUACUAAUCUGAACUCUAAAGUCCCGUUCACACCAAGGACGAUAACUAUAACGAUAAAGAUAUAGUUCUAAAAAUCGUUCUAAAUAUAAAAGAAUAACACAGUUCACACUACAACAAUAACGAUAACAGCACAAAGAAACUAUAUUGUUGGAAUCACUUUCAGAACUUUUUUUCAGCUGGUGAUGAAUGAUAGAAACAUUGACAGCCAAUCAGAAUCCAUCCUGCUUUAACGAGCUCAAGCAUUUAAAGCGGCAGAUGAAAAAACUGCAGCACGCUUACAAUAAACAGAACAAUAUCAUCCGCUAGUGUGGACGCUAAUAUAGUUAUCAUUAUCUAUCUCAAUUUGGAGGCCCCUUUCAAGUAAACAGUCGGACAGACAAAAACAUUGUGCAAUGCGACUGCAAUUACCUUUUCUCAGUUAUAUUUUUUAAAAUGAUCACAUAUUUCUCUUAUUACUCUAUUUCUAAGCACAUUCUAACUCUUUAAUCAGAACUAUUGUUACAAUCAAGACCGAAAACAAAAACAGCAUUCAAUCUUCGUCCCUCAGCUAAAAUGAAAUGAUACAAAAACCGCCUGUAGGUGGCAGCAAAUCAUUGUCUUAACGAAUUAGUCAUUGAAUCAUUUAGUCAAACGAUUAGUUCAAAACGGCUGAUUCAUUCAGGGACAAAGCAGAAGUCGUCGAGUCAUUUAUUAGAACAAUUCGUUCAAAAAUGCAGAUACAUUCAGUAACAAAACUGAAACUGUGUUGCUCAGAGACAUGCAAUGACUCUACUGUUUGAAACUAUUUUUGUUGGCAAAAUAGAGGAAAAACAGACAAUAUUGUGUCUAAAAUGUAAGUCAUCUAAAAGCCUAUUAACUUAUUUAUUGAAUUGUUGUAUAAAAUCAAUAUCACUUUUGCAAACGUGCUGAUAUUCAGGAAAACAGCACUUUUGCUCAUUUGAUAUUGCUUAUAAAUCUUAAAAACAAGAACUUAGAGACUUUUUUGCACCAUAUCUUAGUUUUUGGAAGUAUUUCUAUUCAUUUUGGUGCUCUUUUUCGAGAGUAAGCAGAGGCCUGUUCUGUUGCGAGGCCCGUUUUAAGUUAAACAGGUGAAAUAUAGCAAAGGCCGCUACUACAGUCUACUAAUACUCUAAUGAGAGUUAGUUGACAUGUAGUUGCAAAGUAACUUAUUGUUAGUAGACUACCUAAAGUGGACUAUCAAAAUACAGUUUUACCGACACUUUAAUCCAAAACAACUUACAUUGCGUUCAAGCUAUCAAUUUUAUUAGUUAAUAAUGCUUUCCCUGGGAAUUGAACCAUGACCUUGGCGUUGCUAGCGUCAUGCUCUACUGUUUGAGCAACAGUAAUGUACUACUUGAUUAUAUUAUCAGCAAAAGUGAGCACAAAGUUUAACUGAAAAAUUGGUCAGUGUCACAGAUCUGCUUAGUGACCUAGAAUUAGUGCAGAAUGUUUAAUAUUUCUUCUCUAUUUGGUCAUAACCUUUUUUUUUUUUUUUCAAAUCCUUCGGUUUACGUCACAUUUUCAGUGUGGUCUCAGACUUUUGAAUCCAAUUUCAUCACAGCAAGUGAGAUUUGACAUUUUAUUUACUGAAAAUUCACUACUAAAAUCUGGUAGAUAAGUAACAUUUCUGUGAAUUGGCCAAGCAGAUACAGUUAUCGGACGAUAAUCUCAAAAUCGCCACUGGGUGUUGUCAUCAACUCGCUUUAUCUGUCUUUGAAAAAAGUAGACCUCUUUGUUCUUAUGGAUCAAUAGCUUUACUAUGGAAAUUGUGAAUUUUAUACCACCUCUUUGUUCUCGCUUCACCUAUGCAUUUAUCACGGUGAAACCGUGUUAUUUGACGACUAACUGACAAUCUCUUUUUGCUAUCGUCUGUGUGUGCUUUUAAUGUGCGUAGCAUCACAAUGCAUUUACCUUAGUACUCACUUAAUCAAGUCAGUCAUCUGAUUUUUGUACCAUAGAAACCUGUGAUGCGCAGUACCAAUGUACCUAGUUUAGAAGAAAACAAGCUGCAUGAUGUUAAACAAAAACUAGAUACUUGGAAAAGCCUUCUUCGCUUGACAAAAGCUUCCUUGUUAAUCAAAUCAGUAGCUACUGCCGAUUUCCCAUUUGUACAUUACGCAAUGACAAAUCAGUCAUUUAUAAAGGGUAUUUGAUAUGAUGAUGAUGUUUCAUUUAAAAAGUGUUGGUGAAAAGCUCUAUCUCUGUGUAAGAUGUGUUAGAAAAGACGUGCACAGUGGAUGAGGCAAACAGGAAUCUGACACCUGAGGAGCAGCUAGAGUUUUGCUGUGUCCUUGCAGUGACAGGAUGCAGCUAUAGAGAAAUCAAUGAUAAAGACUCACACACUGGGACUGCAGCCAAGAGGUGCUUUCGAGUGUUUACUGACCCACUUAUGAAAUUUUGCAUCUCUCCCAUAGGUCAUUUGUCUUGAUGUCACAAACUGAUAUAUUCAUCCAGCUAACUGUGGCUUGUUAACUUCUGUGUAAAACACAUUCUAACUAGCCAGCUUUGGCAUUAUAGCCCUACUGAAUAUGGUUCAGCUGAUCGUUUUAGACUUAAUGGUUUUAUGAGGACGAUUAACGACACUUCAUGCCCUAAACAUCGGUAUUUAUUUCUAUUAAGGUGGGGUCACGUUUACCGUUGCUCGCGAAAUUGCGGAGUCCGUUUGAUUGUCUAGCGUGAGGGCAAAAAUGUUGCGUACGCAAAAUUCGUUCGUUCAAGUUUGUUCAAACUGCCAUCAGAAAGCUGCUUGGUUUCAAGGUGACUUCUGUGGGAGCUGUGCUUCAUACAUCUUUCUUUGCGAUAUUGACACUUAAAAUGCUUGUUUGUUUGUUUUUUUUCACGCAAAAUUUCGCUAAUGUGACCGCACCUUUAAAGUUAACGCCAUUCACUUUAGAAUGGUAAACAAAUCAUAUUCUCUUUAAGGGGAUAGUUUACCCAAAAAAUACAACUCUGCCAUUUACUCACCCUCAUGUUAUUCCUGAAUCCUGUCACUUUAUCUGUGAAACACAAAAGGACAAAUAUUUAAAAACUAUCAAGCUCCAAAAAGGACAACAAACAUGAGGGUGGGUAGCUAAAUAAUUUUCAUUUAACUAUUUCUUUAAAUUAGCUCUUAUGUGCCUUUCCUUUUUAUUUAUUUGUUUAUUUAUUGAAGGAAUAGAACAUUUUAAUAGGAAUUAUCAAGUGAAUUUUAUAUAAGCUUACUCUUUGAUAUUCGAUAAAGUUGUGCUGUUGUUGUAGGCAAAUGUGAUGGAUCAAACCAGGUCUGCCCUCUGCUGGUGGACAAGUGUAGUGAUGCAGUCAUUUGUGUGUAGUAAUGUGAGGUUUUGCUUAAAUUUUUUUGUAAGGAAGGUUUAUAAAAUGAAUUUGGGAGGUAUUUGAAUUAUUGCAGCAGUGAUUUAGACGUGCAAAGGUUAUGUUCCUGAGUGUUAAAGAAGUAAACAGCCAUUAGCUGCUGUAAACUGCUGUUCAAUUCAACACUUGUACAGGAAGUAGUGUAGUGCAGUAAUGUUAUGUAGUCACCAGCUUCUCAGCUUCUCCUGCCAUUCUAUUAGGCAAUAUAGGCUAUAUGUCACUUUAUGUUACUUUACACAAUGACCUUGAUUUACUUCAUUUACUGCUUUUUAAUCCCUACUGAAAAGACGAAAAUACUGUUCAAAAGUUGGGGGUCAGUAAGUUAUUUAUUUAUUUAUUGUGAAAGAAAAAGUAAUACUUUUAUCCAGCAAGGAUGCAUUAAAUUGAUCAAAUCUGAGAGUAAAGACAUUUGUAAUGUUACAUAGAUAUCUAUUACAAAUAUAUGCUGUUCUUGAACAUUACAUUAAUCAAAGAAUCCUGAAAAAAAUGUAACAAAUCAGCAUUAGAAUGAUUUCUGAAGGAUCAUGUGACACUGAAGACUGGAGUAAUAAUGCUGAAAAAUCAGCUUUGAAUCACAGGAAUAAAUUGCAUUUUAAAAUAUAUUCAAAUAGAAAACAGCUUCACAAUAUUACUGUUUUUACUGUAUUUUUGAUUAAAUAAAUGCAGCCUUGGUGAACAUGAGACUUUUUUUCAAAAACAAAUCUCACCAACCCCAAACUUUUGAACAGUAGAAUAAGAUGAUGAUAAACCGCUGGUUAGUGUUGGUCUAUGUGGAAAAAUUUAGAGUUUUUGUGAAGCUGGUGGACCAAGAAUGUCUUGCUAGUUAAGAAGCCUGGAAGGGACAAACCAGCAUCCCGUAACUGGGAACCAAAACUCAAUCCAUGCUGGUCUUUUCAACAGGGAUGGGGAAAGGAGAUAAGAUGCUCUUAUACUCUGUCCUGGUCCAGAUGCUUCAUAGAUGUGAGCCUGAAAAGGAAACAGAACUGAAAUUUGGCGUAAACUUGGUCUCACUGACUAACCAAAAUGAGGACCAAACUGUAAAGAAUGAUAUUGAUGAUCAAAAUGUAUAAAAUGACAUUUCCAUACUAUUGAGUGUGACCUCCCCUCGUUCUCAUGGUACCGCUAUCGCUGUGACUGUCUGGACCAUCAGGCCUGAUGUGCACUCAUCAUAUAUGUCCGUUUGUCCCGCACACACUGGCCCAGUGACUGCACAGCACUUACCUGAACCCAGUGUUACUGCCUGGGACGACUAUACUUCCCUUAAUGCACUCCAGCCCUCUUAGUAACACUACGUAGGGUCAUGGGCUUUGUACACAGCCCUUAUAUACUCUGUGAUAUGUUUAUUAGAGAUUAGGAAAUGUGUGUUUUUACUAUUAAGCCUCAAUAAUUGUUGUGAAACCUGUUUGAAUUGUAUUUGCACAUUGAAAUCGUUCUGUUUACAUACAAGAACUCACCUCUCGGUUGGCUAAUAAAUGAGGAAAAUGAAGAAAAUUGAUGUUGUCUUGACACUGAUUUUAUUUUAUAUAGACAUUGUGAAAUUACUGCAUGUAUGUGCAUGUAUAUAAAUUAAACAUUUUAUUCCCAGUAACAUUUACAUGUUACAUCAGUAUAUAGGUAACACUGUCAUACAUGUAACAUUUACAUGUUACUGUAAAUAAAAUAUUGAGCCUUUUCUUUUCUUUGUCAUGUAAACAAAGGAUCAAAUUGAUGUGUUUUUAGACAACUAUUCACCAAGGUAACUUAGUAAUAACUUAGAGUGUUAGUAAUGCAUUACAAUAUUGCGUACCUCCCAAAAAGUAACUAUUUGAGUUACUUAGUUACUUUUUUAUGGAAAGUAAUGUGUUACAUUACUUUUGCAUUACUUUUUCUCAUCUGUGCUGGGUUUGCAUGUUUGUUUUAUAAUAACAAAAAAAAUUUAAAGGCCCUUUCAUGCGAAAAGUUUCACACAAAAUGUUUCUAGUAUGCCUGCAAGAGAAUAAAGUUCAACACUUUUACUUCAGCAAUAAAAAAAUAAAAUAAAACAAAAUAACAAAUAAAAAAA